CCCUGCUAGAAAAACUGAUCAUUUUUUUUUUAUCAUUGCAGUUUCUGGGAAAGCUACUUUGACUGUCUAAUGGAACGGUCUUCAAACAAGACCCAGUAAUCAGGCCACUACAUGAACUGGAGAAAAGUAACUUGGAAGAUAUUCUAAUUAAACGACCAGCAGAGGAAUGUCUUGUCUCAGUUGCUGCGUCUCUUUUUCCAUGACUGCUUCAUUGAGCAGGUCGGCCAACUAUGCCUCUUUGGUGACUGAUCAGCUAUCUUUGGUGGAAUUACACAUGACUGGACUAGGACUUCCUGAUCUUGAUGCAUGGUACAUGAUUGAAACAAUAGCUGAGAAGAACAACAUUGGAUACACACAAUUUAUAAAGCUGAGGGGGUUAUUGUCGCAUGUUCAACAACUACGAAUUGGUUACUGGGGAAUCAGUUCUUUCAAGGCCCAAUCCAUGUCUCAUGGAUUAGCAUCUCCACGUUCAAAAGAUGCUGCAGUUGAGAGUCAGCAACCUGUUGAGGCCUCCGGUGUUGGGAGGAGCUGGGUUCAGAGCAUGUUCAGCAGGGAUAAUUCAACCAGAUUAAACUCUUUCAGUCGUGUUCGCAAAUGGACUUCUGAUGGUGGCUCUCCAGGUAUUUCAGUUGCUAAAAUUAGUUGCUUGCAUUUUAUGUUUUUUCGAUACAUCACCAUAAUUUCUUGUCAUGAAGCUACAAAUGAAAAUGGGACAUCUCGUAAGAGAGAAUUAUCUGCAGCUGGACAGAAGAAAACCCAAACCAAUGUUCUAGUACUUAGAGGCCAUACUGGCCCUAUCACUGCUCUACAUUGUGUAACAAGGAGGGAAGUUGGGAUCUAGUGGGUGACCGUGAAG